AUGAUGAUUGUUUCAGGCUCUCUGUUAAUUGCUAAUUUGAAGUAUGGAGGUUUAUUCAUGUCACUUGCAAUGCUGCUAUUAGUUAUUACCCGGGAUAAUCCACUUCUCGGGUCAAGUGACGCUGCUUGGAGAAGCAAUUUCUAGAAUAUGCUUAGAGAUUUAGCUGUAGCAGGAAUGGGAUUACUAGUAUUUAUGAGAAGGGAGAUAGUAAAGCACAGACGAUCAGGCCACUUAAUGCAUUGA